CAACUGCCACCUCUGCACCACCGCUGUUGCCAUUCCUGCUGUGGACAACCCGAGUCUAUCCCCGACCCAGCCCACCGCGAGAAAGCUCUCUCUGCUCAUUUACGCCGCUCUUCUAACAGCUCCACCACCGGAUAUAGGUUAUGCGCAGAGCGAAAACCGAGCAACAGGAGACAAGACAACGACAAUGAGGCUAGGAAUAUUGGCACCGUUGCCUUGGUGUGGACACGCACGGGCUUGGCUGAUGUUUUGGCAAGCGUUUUACGCGGUUAAAAGAAGGAAGUAGCCCGAAAAACUAUCAGGAGAAGGAGAUAUGGUUAGGACGGCAAACGGGAUGUCGGUCCACGCAUCCUAAGCAGAUUGGCUGCUGUUGGAAGAGAGCUUGCCCAAGAAGCGCAGAGGUCCCAUAAUGCCUAUCCCCCAGGGCGCGCUCGUUGGCCUCGGGCUGGUGCUGACAACAGUGGGGGUGGUCGUAACUAUCAUUUUGGGUUUGACUGGACCAGUUCCCAUGUUCGGGCUUGGGAUGUGUUUAUCAAUGGGAGGUGUUGGGAUCUUAGGGGUGAGUAUCUGCAGAGCCAUGAAGAAGCACCUGGUUCCGGGCGUACCGGGACACUUUCUCCUGCACCCGCGGACUGGUACACGCUUCAGCCCUCAACAGGGUUUGGCCAUACAAAGGAGGCUGGACCGUAUCCGGAGAGAAAUGUCAUCAGAUUCGGUCACCAGGGGACCUGAACUUGACCCCCCGGCCCCCUCCACUCCUCCACCCUGGACCAUGGAACCACCACCCUCAUACGACACUGUGAUGAAGAUCCAGGAGCAGAGGCAGGAGCAGAGGCAGGAGCAGGGCCAGGAGGAGAUAUGGAGGAACAAUGAGGAGGAGAGCUGGAGAGACAACCAAGAGGAGAGCUGUGCAUACAGAGAGGUGGAGAGAGAGGAGGGGCAUAGUGAACAGUUAAAUGACUGCAGUACUGUCACAGAGGACUCCAAUCAGUGUUAGUGCCUUUGCCUGUGCCAGCAAUGGACUCAAAGUGCUGACAGAAUGAGAGGAAUAGUUUAUUACAGUAUUUUGUAAAAGUGGUUACAUCUGAUGCAUUUGAAAUGGCCUUGUCACUUGUCUGUGGUAGUCUAUGCAGGUAUGGAGAAGCAGACAGGUUUAGUAAACUUUUGGUAGCCUUUUAAGGUUAAUGUAAGCAUCUUUCACCAAUGAAGAAGGUUGUGUUAAUCCAUGGGUCUCCAAAAUUUUGCAUACAGUGAGCUACCUUUACAAAAUGAAAAUGCUGGAGAGCUACUCAUUUUAGCGGUUGCAAGAAAUUAAUUUGAUAUACAAAGGCAAGCAUUAGAUGUACAAUUGGAUGCCUAUAAACAUUAAACUAUUGUCCAUUUAUUGGUGUAUAAAGUUCAAAGUAACACAUUUACAGUGGUAAUUAAUUAAAUUUGAGUUAUUUAGUUCAAUUUGUAUAAUUCAGAGGUCCUUUGGUGAGCUACUCUGAAGGGGUUGGAGAGCUACUGGUAGCUGCUGAGCUAUAGGUUGGAGACCCCUGUGUUAAAUCACAUUACAUAAUUGUGGCAUUUUACCUUCUGUCUCAGGAACACCUCCCGUUCUCUGCAGUAAUUUGAAACAAUAUUUUGUAUAGAAGUCCUUUCUGUUGCAAAACUCCCAUGUAUUUGAGCUUGAAACUGGUGCGGCAAGUUCACAGUUUGUAACAGUCACAUCACACACUGGUUUUUCCCACCUUUAUGCUAGAAUACUUUUAUUUAAGAUUUGCAUUGUCAGCUAUGUGAUUUAUCUUACUUGUUCUCCAAACAUAAGGUGUCCUGAUGAAAAGAAAUGCAGGGAAUACAUUUUACAUACAAACAUUAUCUGAUAUGCUAUAGACUUUCACAAAAUGCUGAACUGUCGCCAAGAAUAUUCCUCAUCAAAGCAGAAGAUGAAGCACUGACUGCAUGUGCAUCCCUGGAGCCGUGGCCUCACAUUAUUUGGUGAUUAAUAGUGAAAAAGAUUGAAUUAAUCACAUGAAGUUUCACUGCUCAUGAAUCGUUUACAGAACUUUUUAAAGGACUUUGCAGAGUUUACUAUUUAUGUGACCUACUACUGCAGCUUCAAAGUAUUUGUAUCUUUGUAUCAGCACUAUUGCCUGCUCUGCCUUUGCACAUAUUGAUUACAUACUCAGUGCCUUAACAGCUGAAAGCUAGAGUGUUAUUGUUUAGCUUAAAGAUGUCAUUACAUUUAUUUAAGGGGGAAAGUGGUCAAACUGCAGUUAUGACUCUACAGUAGGCCUGUCACGAUAAUCCAUUUUGAAGUGCUGAAUUGCUGAAUAAAAUAUAAACUAUAAAUAAUAUUGAAACUAUUUUAUGCCACUGACACAAUUAUCUUAAAGUAGAAUUAUUCCCCAAAAACUUCUUAAUAUAUUAAUGGUUAAAACACAAACUGCAGUAAAUAAACAGCAGAAUGCAGCACAUGAGUUAUUCAUUCAACCUUCUACAGCUCAAAUCUAAUCAUAGAAUAGGAAAAAUAAUAAAAAGUUCCCUGUGCUAGUACUAAGCAAAAGUCCCCACUAUAAAUAUUGACCUUCAAAAAGUAUUGUUCCAUUUAACAUCUAUGGAAUGAUCGUGACAGGCCUACUUCAUGGUGCUCAUAGUGAAUGAAUGUAGGAGAAGAGUGGUAUGUUUGCCCCUCUCAGUAGCAUGUGCCCACAAAUCCGAAGGUUGCCAGUUAGAUCCCAGCUCUGACCAGCACAUUGUUGUUGUGUCCUUGAGCAAUGAAUGGGGAAAGAUUGAAAAUGCAAUGUAAAGUGCUUUGAGUUUUAAAAGGUGUUAUAUGAAUCCAAGGCAUUAUUGCUAUAAUUAUUAUUGUUAUCUGUAUCGUGAAUAAUUAACUUGUCAGCCAAUCUAUGUCUUGAAGUGGCCCAUAGUUACAGCAUUUUCAAUUACAUUGAAUGAAGUUUAAAUGUAUUUUGCAUGCCAGCCUUCUUGUAUGUGUGACCUAUCAGUAUUUUUAUGUAAUGUAUUGUAUUUAAAUUUUCACCACACCAAACUACUAUUAU